UCCCCCUCCGGCACCUUCACGCCGCCCUCCGUCUCCGACCACCGCGAUGCCCUCCUCUCCGGCGCCACCUUCUCCCACUUCUCGCCCAUCCCGCCGUCUCUCCUCCCAACCGACCCGUCCGACCCGUCCUCCGCCCCGCCCUGCGUCCUAGGCGUCGACGAAGCCGGCCGCGGCCCCGUGCUCGGCCCCAUGGUCUACGGCAUCUUCUUCCUGCCGGCCGACAUCUCGGAUCCUCUCCUCCGGGACACGCACCACUUCGACGACUCCAAGGUCCUCUCGGCGGCGGUGCGGUCGCAGCUCAUGGAGACGCUGUGCACGCCCGGGUCGGAUCUGCACGAGUCCUGCGGCUGGGCCACGACGGCGCUGUCGGCGAGGGACAUUGGCGCAAACAUGCUGAGGCCGGUGCCGUACAACCUCAACGCCCAGGCCAUGGACGCCACCAUGGACCUCAUCAGAGCUGUGUACGCAAAGGGCGUCAACAUUAAAGAGAUUUACGUCGACACCAUCGGCCCUCCGGCCUCUUACCAGGCCAAACUCCAGCGCGUCUUCCCAACUGCCAAAGUCACCGUCGCCAAAAAGGCCGACAGUCUAUAUGCCUGCGUCAGUGCCGCUUCCGUCUGCGCAAAAGUCUCCCGCGACGCAGCUCUUGAGAAGCUAUUCCACGCCCGUCAAGUCGCCACUGCUGUUGCCAACGGCGAAGAGGUUCCCGUCGAAGAAGGCACCAUGGAAUGGGGCUCGGGAUACCCAUCAGACUCCAAGACUUCAACGUGGCUGAGGAACAACAUGCAUCCUCUCUUUGGCUGGGGGCCCGAGUGCCGCUUUAGCUGGAGCACGGCCAAGGAUUUGCUUGAGGGCAAGGGCAACGGUGUCAAGGUUGAGUGGCCGGCUGACGAAGAUGGCGAAACGAGCAGACUGACGGAUUUCUUUGCAUCGGGGGGCGAGGAGAAGCAGGGGAGUGAGCUGGCGUCAUGGUUUGGAACGCCAGCUAGCCAAGAAGCAUUCUGA